AUGCUUAGUAACGACAAAGAGAAUGAACUAGUUGAUUUUUCGGCGUUAAGCUAUGUUAAGACCUAUUCCGUUAGCAAAGAUGAAUUGGCAAUCGAACCAUUAUUGCGCCCCAAUCCAAGGCGCUUUGUAAUGUUUCCCAUUGAGUAUCCUGACAUUUGGAAAUUCUAUAAGAAAGCUGUGGCUUCCUUCUGGACAGUAGAGGAAGUUGAUUUGUCUAAAGACUUUCCUCAUUGGAAUUCACUUAAGCCGGGAGAGCGACGCUUUCUAUCUUACGUUCUUGCAUUUUUCGCUGCUAGUGAUGGGAUAGUUUUGGAAAAUCUUAUCGAGCGGUUUAGCCAAGAAGUUCAGAUCCCAGAAGUUCGCUGUUUUUAUGGCAUACAAAUCGCUAUUGAGAAUAUACAUUCUGAAAUGUACUCUCUUCUUAUUGAUACUUACAUCAGAGAUUCUGUUGAAAAAAAAAAGGCGCAAUGGGCUCUCGACUGGAUUGGAGAUACAAAUUCUCCAUUCUCUGAACGUGUCGCAGCUUUUGCAGCUGUAGAAGGUGUUUUCUUCUCAGGCAGCUUUGCCGCGAUAUUUUGGCUUAAAAAGCGUGGUCUUAUGCCCGGCCUCACCUUCAGCAAUGAGCUUAUAAGUCGAGAUGAGGGACUGCAUUGCGAUUUCGCUUGCCUCCUAUUUAAGCAUAUCAUUGCAAAACCGGAAGAGAAGAGGAUCCAUUCUAUAAUGGAGGAGGCAGUAAAAAUUGAGCAAGAAUUUCUCACUGAUGCUUUGCCCGUCAGUCUCAUUGGGAUGAAUUGCGCUCUUAUGUGUCGCUACAUAGAGUUUGUGGCUGAUCGUCUUCUGUCUGAACUUGGUUACAAGAAGAUUUGGAACUCCGAAAAUCCGUUUGAUUUUAUGGAAAAUAUAUCUCUGGAGGGCAAAACCAAUUUUUUCGAGAAGCGCGUUGGCGAAUACCAGAGGGCUAACAUUAUGUCGCGUAUUCGUGGCGAAGAUACUCACAAAUUCAUCACAGAUGCAGAUUUUUAA